GUGUCCCCAAAGCUGUCUCGCCUCCAACGGCCUCCAUGCAGUGGACCAGUUUGCACUUGUACUCGCACUAGGCGAAGCCGUGAAACCUACUGGAGAGGGGUGCUUUGCUCUUGACGCAGAGGCAUACUCCCACUGGUAUCCAAGGACUCCGCGCACACUUGUAACUCACGACAAGGCCAUGGAUGAGUGCACCUUGCACCUAUCCCUCUCGGAGACAUUGGACGGAGAGGAAGGCAAGAGAAAGAUGCUUCUUGCGACGGCCUCGCUUUUGCUGGUGGCGGCGAGCUCACUGGCGUGCAUGUUCGCCGACGAGAUGCAAUGGGGCCAGAAGCGGGGAUGA